AUGGAUGAAAAGUCAAUUCAGAGAGCAAUACUUGUGACGCAAAAUACACUGACACCCUUCGCUCGAGAUGCAAUUAAGGAAGCUGCCCCGAGACACAUCAUAGAAAAUUUUUUGGACACCGAAUUGUUGGUUAACAUAACGAAGCACGAGCUCGUUCCAAGGCACAUCCCCCUUACGAGUGACGAAAAAAGGAACCUCCUACAAAGAUAUAAGAUUAAAGAAAACAAGUUGCCUAGAAUUCAAGACGUGGAUCCUGUCUGUCGAUACUUCGGCCUCGCAAAAGGACAGGUUGUUAAAAUAAUCAGGCCCAGUGAAACAGCUGGUAGGUACGUGACCUACAGGCUUGUGGUUUGA